AUGAGAAGCUCAACUCAGCUCUCAGUCAAGUUCCUUCCUGGCGAGAUGAAGUCCACGGUCUUCUUCAUCCUUUCUCUGCUCCUCCUUUUGGAGAACCAAGCAGCUGGGAGGAGGCUGCAUGGUUCUGUUGGAGCACAAGACCCUCUGAUUAGUCGUGUCUGGGCCAAAUCACAAGAUAUGGAAGAAUCAGUUUCAGGUCCAGGUCUAGGAGCUGAGGGAGGUCGAGUUUCAGACAGAGAAGAUUCCUUGGGGGAACAUAUUUCAGUUAGGCAUGAAGAAUUUGAGAAAGGACACAUUCGGCACAACACAGAAGAACCUGAGGGAGAGCAUGUUUCAGUCAGACGUGAACAUCUUGAGAAAAGUCACCUUCGGCACAAUGCAGAAGAACCUGAGAGAGAACGCCUUUCAGUCAGACACGAACAUCUUGAGAAAAGUCAUGUUCGGCACAGUGGAGAGGAACCCAUGGGAGAGCGCGUUUCACUUAGACAUGAACAUAUAGAGAAAACUCACAAGCGGUUCAACGACAAUUCCAUGGAAGAGUCAGACUCAGCUGAAAGCUAUGAUAAUCGUAUGAAAGGACACAUUCGUUUCAAACGGCAAGACCCCAUGGCUGCACUUGUUUCCAUUGAUAGUCAAGAUGCUAUGAAAGAUAGCCUUUGGGUCAAAACACAGGGUGUCUCAGAAGAACGAUUUUCAAUUAAGGGUCAAGAUUCUUUGACAAGUCGCUUACAGAUGAAAGGGCAAAGUUCAAUGGGAGAACGAUUUUCAGUCACAGGUCAAGAUUCCUUGAAAGGUCGCCUGCAGCUUCAAGGACAAGAUACCAUGGCAGAAAGAUUUUCAGUUUCAAGUCAAGAUUCUGUGAAAGGUCGCCUGAAGCUUAAGGGACAAGAUACCCUGGCAGAACGAUUUUCAGUUUCAGGUCAAGAUUCUGUGAAAGGUCGCCUGCAGAUUAAGGGACAAGACACCCUGGCGGAACGAUUUUCAGUUUCAGGUCAAGAUUCAGUGAAAGGUCAUCUGCAGCUCAAAGGACAAGAUACCCUGGCAGAACGAUUCUCAGUUACAAGUCAAGGUUCAGUGAAGGGUCACCUGCAGCUCAAAGGACAAGAUCUCAUGGAAGAACGAUUUUCAGCUGCAGGUCAAAGUUCUGUGAAGGGCUUUGGUCGGGUCAAAGGACAAGAGAGCUUUCAAUCAGGAUUCGCAGUUAAAGGUCAAGGAUCUGUGAAAAGUCUCACUGGGGAUAUUUGAACCCCAAAUGAGGUUGUUCUUAUCC